AUGGCCCCAUCGACGUAUGAACUUGGAGGAAAGGAAACUAAUUCGGACGCCAAGGUUGUGUUUCCAACAACAUCCGCCGAAGACCAAUUAAGAGAGAUCCACAACACCAAGAAGUAUAAGUAUUUUGCUGGGGUUGUUUUACUUUCUGCUAUACUCAUAUCAGCUGUUAUUGUUGGGUCUGUUGCCUUACAUCAUCAUCUUACCUCUAAACAAACGGACUUUGACACAAAAAUCGUUUAUAAAGGAUAUCCUAUACCAGAGCAUGUCCAUGUAGAUUUCACCAGUAAAAUAACGUACGUGAACAAUUCGCGAUACAACGAAGUUGUGGCUGCAAACAAUCUACUUGACUAUAAGAGGCAAUUACUGGUAUGUAAGGAUGUAAAAAACAAAGUGUGUUAUGUAGAUAAACUAAACGGCACAUUUGAAGAUGGAGUAUCCAAGCUAUCUAAAAAGAAAGAUUCAACUCCUGUCAAACACGUGAUUACAGUUAAACUACCAGUUGAUAAAAGAAUUCUACAAAAAUUCGCUGGAGAUUCCAUUGCUGAUCAUUGUAAAGGAACACCUUCGUUUUGGGUUCUUGAUAUGAUCCCAACAAAUUCUGGGUGUACAGUAAAACGGCUUUAUUAUACAUUUACGCUUGUAACGGAUAUUUACGGACAGUUUAGACCAUGUUUAGGUUACGGGCGGAUUUACGGACACACAUAA